UGUGGCCGGCCCGCAGGGCCCAGGGAGGUGGGGCUCGGCCGCCGGAGGCCUCUGCAGCCUGGGGUCAUUCGCUGGCGGGCCUGCGGGGAGGGGUCACACCGCCCCUGGGUGCAAAACCUGCCCCCCCGGGCCCUCCGAGGGACAGAUGCCCCCGGCCCCGACCCGUCGCCGUCUACACCGCCAGCGGGCCCCGUCCCCGUCUCCCGUCGGCCCGCCCCGACCCCCGUCCGUCUACGCCGCCGGCCGGGCCGAGGCGAGCGGGCGGUGGGCAGGAGCAGGGGUUUUCCUCCUCCUGCCCCGGCUGGGGCCGGUGACCGGAAGGGAUGGCGGACCAGAAGAUCAGCGUCCCCGCAAAACUCAUCAACGGCGGCGUGGCCGGGCUGGUGGGGGUCACCUGCGUGUUUCCCAUUGACCUGGCCAAGACGAGGCUGCAGAACCAGCAGGGACCGGCCCAGUACUCGGGAAUGCUGGACUGCCUGGGCAAGACGGCUCGGGCCGAGGGCUUCUUCGGCAUGUACCGAGGGUCGGCGGUGAACUUGACCCUGGUGACCCCGGAGAAAGCCAUCAAGCUGGCCGCCAAUGACUUCUUCCGCCAGCUGCUCCUGCCAGACGGUGGGAAGGAGCUGACGCUGGGGAAGGAGAUGUUGGCGGGGUGCGGGGCCGGGGCUUGCCAGGUGGUGGUGACCUCCCCCAUGGAGAUGCUGAAGAUCCAGCUGCAAGACGCCGGGAGGCUGGCCGAGCAGCAGCGAAGGGCGUCCGCCGGCCGGUCCCCCUCCGCCGGCCCCGUCCCCUCGCGCCCCUCGGCCGCCCUCAUCGCCCGGGAGCUGCUCCGCACCCAGGGCCUGGCCGGGCUCUACAAGGGGCUGGGAGCCACCCUGCUCCGGGACAUCCCGUUCUCCGUCAUCUACUUCCCGCUGUUCGCCCACCUCAACGGGCUGGGGAUGAGCCAGGCCGGCGGCAAGGCCCCCUUCCUGCACUCGUUCGUCUCGGGCUGCGCGGCGGGCUGCGUGGCGGCCGUGGCCGUGACGCCCCUGGACGUCCUGAAGACCCGCAUCCAGACCCUGCGGAAAGGCCUGGGCGAGGAGUCGUACGGCGGCCUCGUCGACUGUGCCAGGAAAACGUGGGCGCUGGAGGGCCCCUCGGCCUUCAUGAAGGGGGCGGGCUGCCGCGCCCUGGUCAUCGCCCCCCUCUUCGGCAUCGCCCAGGGCGUCUACUUCAUCGGCUUCGGAGAAAUGGUCUUGGGCCUCUUCCAGUAGCCCCGGCCCCGGGCUCCGCGGCUCCCUCGCGGCCCCCCCGACCGGGCCGCACCCGCCGCCCCGCUCCGGCCCCGGGAAGGCCUUGCCCGCUCGGGCCUGGUCUGCCCCGUCGCCGAGCAGGUGUCGGGUCAGUGGAGGGGAGGGGUGCCCCCAACCCAGUGCCCCGGGGAGACCCCGGCCCCCACCACUCCCUGCGUGAAAGAGGGCCGGUGGGGGUCACGUCUCCCUCUCCUUCCCCCCGCUCUACCCAAAAGAGGGGCCCAGAGGACCCAGCUCCCCGCCCCACCGUGCCCCCUCCGUAUUCCCCCCGCGCCUGCAGACGGGCACGUGGUCGCCGAACGGGGCAGGAGGGGAGGGGGUCACCCAGGUCGCCGGCCAGGGCUGGUGGAUAGAGGCCCAGGAGAAGCCCCCCCACCCCUCUCACCCCACACAGGCACAGAGUGAGACACCUUUGCCUUUAAUAAAUAAAGCAACACAGA